UGUAAGCUGGUGAACCCUGCAGGUGACACAUGUACGCAUGUAUGGCAGCAAAGGAAGUGUGCAAGCGACGAUAACAGGGUCCUUUGUAAGGACCACCUAAGCCAUCAGUUUUGUUGCUGCUUUAUACGUUACCUUGGACUUCGUUUCCAUUCCAAUCCUGCCUCUCGCAAAUACAGCGUAUCACAAAUCAGCCUCUUGCUUACGAAAUGGCAUCUUCAUAUACUAUGCUCGAAGAGGUGAAAAGUCCCAUUCUCCCUCCGCAGCCGGCCGCCGUCAAGGCCGCCGGGAACUUCAUCCCCCAUCCAUCUCAGGUGACGGCACCCCGUUCCGAGCCGGACGAGCCAGCGGCACUGGAGUGCCAGCUCCAUGAACUCAGCAUGGGUCCCAACCCGUUGACGGGUAUCCCGACCUUCCCCACCCUGCAAGAACACCGUGAACACAUCCUCCUGCACAUGGCCGCCGUGUUCCGCAAUUGGGCGCACAUGGGAUACACCGAGGGCAUCUCCGGUCACAUCAGCGUCCGUGACCCGGAGUAUCCCGAUUGCAUCUGGAUGAAUCCGAUCGGGAAACAUUUCGGGCUGAUGAAUGCCAGCGAUAUGGUUUGCUUGGAGAUUGAUACCGGGAAGAUUGUUGGAGGGAAUCGGACCCGCCCCGUAAACGCACCCGGCUAUCACAUCCACUCGCAAAUCCACAAAGCCCGCCCAGACGUCCACUCCAUCUGUCACGCCCACACCAUCGCCGGCCGCGCAUGGUCCGCCUUUGGCAAGCCUCUUGACAUGCUGCACCAGGAUAUCUGUGACCUGUACAACUCCAUCGCCGUUGACUCUUCCUACGGCGGCAUCGUCACCGCAGCCGAGGAGGGGCAGCGCAUCGCCUCCGUCUUGGGCAAACACUCCAAGGCCGCUAUAUUGUUGAACCACGGGCUGUUGACCGUCGGAUCAACGGUCGAUGAGGCUAGUUUCCUGUUUGGAUUGCUCGAUAGGAGCUGUGAGAUCCAGCUUCGCGUGGAGGCUGCUUGUGCGGGGAAUCCUGAGCUGAAGAAGAAGUUUGUUCCGGACGAGAUGGCCUCGUUCAACUUUCGCAUGGCGGGGGAGAAGAAUUGGCUUUAUGCGGAGGCGCAGCCGGAUAUCGAGUAUGAAAUUGACAUGGCGGGCGAGAAGAUCAAGCAAGGGUUGGGAAAGAUGAAGGUCGAUCAGAAAUGAAGAGGCAAGCUGGGUGCGGACUUCAGUCAAUUUAUGGGCGAGUUAUGGCUCUACACUGAUGAUUCGGAUAUGGACUAUUCAGGUUCCUGCGAUGUAAACAUGGCGUCGAAUGUUCGGAAGUUGGAUGUUCGGGAUGUGUGCGGAGCCGACGAGCAUG